AUGAAUAUCGCACGACAAAUUCACACAGCGACUACAUUAGAAAAUGGAUCAAUAUUAGUUACUGGCGGACAGAACAAGUAUAUUCUCGAUAGUGCUGAAUUGUACAAUCCAACAACAGGUAUUUGGACAACGACAGGAAGCAUGAACGUCGCACGAUAUCAUCACACGGCAUCCACAUUAGCAAAUGGACUAGUAUUAGUUGCUGGUGGAGUCAACGGCCCUCAUCUGCUCAAUAGUGCUGAAUUGUACAAUCCAGCAACAGGCACUUGGACAAGUACAGGAAGCAUGAGUGUCGUACGAGCAUAUCACACAGCAUCCACAUUAGAAAAUGGGUUAGUAUUAGUUACUGGUGGACAGCAUAGUAUGAUUAUCAAUAGUGCUGAAUUGUACAAUCCAUCAACAGGUACUUGGACACCCACAGGAAGCAUGAAUGCCGCGCGAUAUCUUCAUACAGUAUCUUUAUUAGCAAAUGGAUCAGUAUUAGUUGCUGGUGGAUACAACGGUGAUAAUUAUAUCGAUAGUGCUGAAGUAUACAAUUCAUCAACAGGCAAUUGGACAACUACCGGAAGCAUGAGUGUUACACGGCAAUAUUACACGUCAUCCUUAUUAGCAAAUGGAUCAGUAUUAGUUAUUGGUGGGCACAGCAGCGAUGGUGUUCUCAGCAGUGCUGAAUUUUACAAUCCAUCAACAGAAACUUGGACAAUAACAGGAAGCAUGGAUUUCUUACGAAGCCGUCACACAGCAUGCUUAUUCGCAAAUGGAGUAGUACUAGUUGCUGGUGGAUAUGCCAGCGAUGCUUAUCUCAAUAGUGCUGAAUUGUACAAUUCAUCAACAGGUACUUGGACACCCACAGAAAGCAUGAAUGUCGGGCGAUAUCUUCACACAGCAUCCACAUUAGUAAAUGGGUCAGUAUUAGUUGUUGGUGGGUACAACAGCGGUGGUGUUCUCAAUAGUGCUGAGCUUUAUCAAUCGAUAUAG